UCGGAACACGGAGCCGCUUAUAAAGUAGCAGCUUCUCAAGCAGCAGCAGGUUUUUGAAAGGUGAUUAUUGAUGACAGAUGGGGGACCGAGUAGAACCCGAACUGGUUUUGGUCUUCAGUGGGAAACGGAAGUCCGGAAAAGAUUAUGUGGCGGACAUGAUCCAGGACCGUUUAGGGUCUGAUGUUUGCUGCAUCCUGCGUCUGUCCGGACCUCUCAAACAACAGUACGCUCAGGAACACGGUUUGGAUCUGGACCAGCUGCUGGGUCCUGGUCUUUAUAAGGAGCAGUAUCGGGCCGACAUGAUUCGCUGGGGAGAAAUGCGACGAGGGCAGGACCCCGGAUUCUUCUGUCGCCAAGCAACUAGAGGAGCACAGCAACCUGUCUGGGUGGUGAGUGAUGCGCGGAGGCUGUCAGACCUUCAGUGGUUCUGGUUGGAGUUUCCUCGACAGACUCGAAGUGUCAGAGUGCAAAGUUCAGAAGAAACCAGGAAACACAGGGGGUGGAGCUUCACUGCAGGUGUGGAUGAUGUGGAGUCAGAGUGCGGGUUGGACAGUGGGGUUGAAUUUGAUUGGAUAAUCACAAACGAGGCCAACGCCCCCUCGUUAGAUGAACAACUGAAGCCGAUCUUGAAGCUGGCAGAGGACGCAGCUUCAUCAUCAUUGAUUAGUCACAGCUGAUCAUCACUGAUCUAUAAUAUAUAUCUAUAAUUGAUGAAUGUUGAUCUUCAGUGUCAGCAGCAGGUCUGUGAAGCUGAUCACGGUUUCCUCUUCGACGAUAAAUAAAGUUUUUUUUUUUUUUUUGUCAACUUCAGAUGUUAAAAAUAUAUUAGAACAGUACAUUUGAUCAAUAAAUCAACACUCAUUGAUCAGAAGUGAAGACGAGUCUGAAGCUCCAUCACUCAUAGGCUGGCUCACCUGGACUGUUACACUGUUAAAACUCACCUGAGCAGGUGUUUGUGUCCUGCUGACCUUUGACCUCAUUCAUUUUUAAAAUAACCCUUAUUUAAAAUAAAAAAAACCAAACAUUAAUACAACAGUCAGCUAACCUAGAAUCUGUGUACCUGCUCUUCACUAAGGUUACAGACAACCUUCUCCUGUCAGCUGGUUUAUUGAUGUCCUGUAAACCAGAACGCUUGUUUCCGUGAUCAGGGUAGGGGACUAAAGAAACCUGGUUUCUGGAGGAUUUCUGAGAACUGGUUACGGUGAUUACAGUUGCUAGGCUCAAUGAAGCCAGAUAAAGAAAAGAUACCCUGGGUAUGUUGAACUUGCUUCAUAGUACAGGCCUCUGGUAACUGCAGUGCAGGUAAACAGUUUCUCAGAUCUGACCCUUCCAUUCAGAUCUAACACCUGCAGGUGUUCAAAUCAACGAAGCAGUAAUGUCAGAGCGGGUUCAAUCAUCGAGUUUAGUUUCCUCAUCAGUCUGAACCUUCAGAUUUCCUUUGUUUGAAGUUAAACUUCAUGAGAAGCUGAUGGAGCUGCUGCCUUUGUGCCUUUGAGCAGCAGACCGUCUGCUGGUUCAUCAGGACUGAAGUGUGUCUCAGUUCCAGUCUACAUAUUAAUUAUAGAGUACUACAGACUGUUAGUGUUUUACAGAGGAAAUAACUGCUCUUUAAUGUUGUGUACUAACAGAAAAUGUCAAUUAUACUGUGACUUUACUGUCAAAUAAAAGACAAC